AUGCCGGAAACGGUUGUGUCAGACAACGGCACCCAAUUGACGAGUUUGGAGUUCGCCCAAUUCUGUUCAACAAACGGAAUCGACCAUGUAACCAUUGCACCGUUUCACCCACAAUCCAAUGGUCAGGUGGAACGGUUCGUCGAUACAUUCAAGCGGGCGAUGAAGAAACUCGAAGAAGGGAGAGAGUCAACCAUUGAAGCAUUGGAAACGUUCCUGUUGGCUUACCGAAGCACACCAAAUCGGUCAGCACCUGAGGGUCUAUCACCAUCGGAAAUAAUGUUCGGACGGCGAAUACGCACCUGUCUCGAACUUCUACGUCCGCCAACUGAACGUCCACCAUCAGUAACGCAACCUGUCAACCAGAAGAAGUUCAACAUAAGAUUCUUUAAUGUCAGUGACCCUGUCUACGUCAAAAUUUAUACCAAGAACGUCUGGAAUUGGGUUCCCGGCAAGAUAAUCGAAAAAGUAGGACGAGUCAUGUUCAACGUUCUCACCGAAAAUCGUCGCUUAGUUCGUUCACAUCUGAACCAACUGAAAAGCCGAGCAUCAUCUGGUUUUGAUCAUGUUCCUGAAGUAAGUACAUCGCCAAGACAGAAGCAACUUCCCUUGAAUGUGCUCCUCGAUGCUUGGAAUAUUUCGCCAAUCAGUGAUUCAAGCAGCGAAGUAACAGCUACAACUGCGAAUGCAAGCGACGUGGUCCGGACUCCCUCGUUAUCACCACCUGCUGGUCCGGGCAUGAACGCCGAUCUGUCAUCCUCGUCUUCAAGCACAACAUCUUCCAGUUUCGAGUCGGCUGCUGCUAGCACACCGACCAUACAACACAUCAUACCACGUCGUUCUUCCAGACAGCGAAGACCGCCAGUGAUAUUUAACCUAUAA